AAAAUAGGGUACAAAUAAAAUAAAAAUGUAAAUAGACUCAAAAUCCUAUUGAGGAGUAAAAAGAGGGGAAAAAUAAAUAUAAAUUGGGCGAGAAGUAAAAGGGAGGUGCAGUGUUCGUUCCCCUUGUCGCAGUUGCAAAAUACAAUCAGUAAGAACCAAAGCGUAUAGUAGCGGCGAGAUCUUACAAGUUAAUCUCAAUCAAUCCGAUUGCCAUUGUUCGUGUCUACAUGUAGAAUUUGACUCCCCAGUAAUUUAUAUUUAUAUAAACAGUAGAAGAACCAUCAAAUUCACUCUGUUCUGAACGCGAUGAUGCGGAAAACAACCAGAAGUAGCAUCGAUUGUGCAGUUGUUGAUGUUUGGAAACGGGCAGUGGGUGAACUCUCUACCAGAAAUUUCGCCCACCGUCUCGGUGCCUCAGAGGAUCUUGUGCUCCGGCUUGAUGUCUUCCGGAAGCUGGAGAAGCACCGGGGCUGUGUGAAUACGGUUAGCUUCAACCCUGAUGGUGAUAUAGUCAUAUCAGGUUCUGAUGACCGAAGGAUCAUACUCUGGGACUGGGAAACUGGGAAAAUUGCACUUUCAUUCCAUUCAGGUCAUCAUAACAAUGUCUUUCAAGCAAAAAUCAUGCCAUACACUGAUGAUCGAAGCAUUGUUACCUGUGCUGCAGAUGGACAGGUGAGACAAGCACAGAUUCUAGAACAUGGGAAGGUGGAAACAAAGUUGCUGGCCAAACAUCAAGGGCGAGCUCACAAAUUGGCAAUUGAACCUGCAAGCCCCCAUAUUGUUUACACUUGUGGAGAAGAUGGAUUAGUUCAACAUAUAGAUUUGAGAACAGACACUGCUACAGAGCUUUUUACUUGCCAACCCCUGCGGAUGAGGAGAUAUAUGUCUGUACUUCAUCUAAAUGCGAUUACGAUAGAUCCAAGAAAACCCUAUUUGUUUGCUGUUGCUGGAUCAGAUGAAUUUGCCAGAAUUUUCGACAUUCGCAAAUAUAAGUGGGAUGGAUCCACUGAUUUUGGCCAUCCAGUUGACUAUUUCUGUCCCCCACAUCUUGUUGGUGAUGAGAAUGUGGGGAUAACAGGUUUGGCUUUCUCUGACCAGAGUGAGCUUCUUGUUUCAUAUAAUGAAGAGUUUAUUUAUCUUUUCACAAAGGACAUGAGGCUGGGACCUGAUCCAUCCCCUACAUCGCCAUUGUACAAUGAAAGUGAUGAGGGCGAAAUGGGCCAAGAUCACGAAUCUGAUGAAUCUGCAAUUGUCAUGGAGUCUGGAGUAAACACUGGUCCACAAGUCUACAAGGGGCACAGAAACUCUGAAACAGUUAAGGGCGUGAACUUUUUUGGGCCUAAGUGUGAAUAUGUUGUGAGUGGAUCAGAUUGUGGUAGAAUUUUCAUAUGGAAGAAAAGGGGUGGGGAUCUUGUUCGUGUUAUGGAAGCAGAUAAGCAUGUAGUGAACUGCAUUGAGUCCCAUCCUCAUACCGCGAUGCUUGCCAGCAGUGGAAUUGAGAAUGACAUAAAAAUAUGGACUCCAAAAGCCACUGAAAGAGCAAUUUUACCUACAAAUAUUCAAAAGGGUUCAACACCUCAUCCAUUUCAUUUAUUCGAUUAUGGCGGUGCGGAAGAUAACGGCAUCUACUUCUUUGAUACCGGAAGUGACGAUGAGUAUGGUGGUAGUAGUGACAAUGAGGAUGAAGAUGAUAGUGAUAUGGAUGAAGAUGAAGAUGUUUUCUCCGAUGGUAUGGAUGAUGAGGAUGAUGACAAUAGUGAUGAUGAUGACGACGACAACGAUGAUGAUGAUGAUGGUUUUGAUUUUUUAGAUAUACCCGAUGAUGGAAAUGGUGUUGAGUUCUUUGAAACUGUUGGGGACCCUGAUUUUGACGAUUCCUCAGAUAAUGACCAAGAUGCUCCCAGUGAUUCAUGUUGUGAUGAUGAUGACUCCAAUGAAAAUGACAUUGAUGAAUGAUGAUGUU